CUCCACAUGUUCUUUGUUUCAAACGUGUGUGAAUGUAUUCAACAAGUGAUUUUUUUUAUAUUCUGUGGAUUAAUGGCUUCCAACUAACGCGUGCCGGUUUCUGUUUGAAUUAGUUACAAUUAUAGUGCAAUAUAUUAACUACAAAAAGCCUGUGACCUGGUUGAGAGGAAAAUCAAGAAUUAGAAUUUAGGUAUUAAGGAAUUUAUCUGGUAGACUGUCUGACCUAAUAACGAAAGAGCAGCAAUGUCCAGCCGUAAAGAGGAUAUAGUAAGACGUAAGAGGAAAACCGCCCCUUACACCAAGCAUCAUUUAAGAAGACUAAUUAGAGAACAAAAACACAAAGUUAAUAUGUCAGUUAGGCCAGUUGAAAAUUUAGACACUGAAAACGUUUCACAUCCUUUGUUGCAAAAUAAUGAUUCCAGUUCACCCCAUAAUCUCAGCGUUGAGCAAUUACAUGAUAUUGAGCCAGCAACAAUGCAGUCUGCUCAAUGUAAAUACGACCAUUGUGAAAUUUCAGAUGAUUCAGAUCAUACUAAUAAUAGAGGUGCCAAUAUGAAGGUUUCACUAGCAAAAUGGGUCAUUCGUUACAAUAUAUCACAUACGGCUUGCAAUGAUUUAUUAAAAAUCUUAAAUGAUACUAAUAGUUUUCAACUUCCAAAAGACUGCAGAACCUUGGUGAAAACAUCAGUUCCCAAAAAUAAAUUUAUUACUAUAGAUUCUGGCAGUUAUUACCAUUUUGGUUUAGAACAGGGUUUAGAUUAUAUUCUUAACGGCACCAAAUUUUUAUUUGAAGAUGACGUGAUAAAAAUUGACCUUAACUGCGAUGGUCUUCCAUUGUUUAAAUCUAGCCGAGGUGAAUUUUGGCCUUUGCUUGCUAGUAUAAAUCAUGAUACAUUUCAUCAAAAAGUAUUUUGCAUUGGAAUAUUUUAUGGAUCGACUAAGCCAGGAAAUGCCUUAGACUUAUUUGAGCCUUUUUUGAACGAAUUUCGGUUACUUAAUGAUUUGGGGUUCCAAUACAAGGGUAGGACAUUAAAAAUUGAAGUAUCGAAAAUGUUGUGUGACGCUCCGGCUAAAUCGUAUGUACUCGGUGUUAAAGGACAUAAUGCUUCUGUAGGAUGUACUAAAUGUACCACGGAAGGAACAUUUAUCGCAAAUAGAAUGACCUUUCCAGAUUUAAAUGCUCGAAGUCGAACUCAUCAGGAUUUCAUCAACAACGUUUACGAGGACUAUCAUAAGUCGACCUCGCCUGUAUUAAGAAUGGAUGUAACUGAUAUAAUAAAACAAGUCCCAUUAGACUAUAUGCAUGUAGUUUGUAUAGGUGUAACAAAAAAACUUCUGAGGUUUUGGGUUAAAGGAAAUAUUACAGUUAGGUUACUAGAAGAGGAUGUCAAAAAAAUUAAUUUGGAUAUAAACAGUUUGAGAUCAAACAUACCAAAAGAAUUUUGCAGGUUACCUAGAAGCAUACUAGAAAUAGAUCAUUGGAAAGCUACUGAAUUAAGAUUAUUACUUUUAUAUAUUGGUCCUUUAAUUUUAAAAAAUAGAUUGAAACAACAGUUUUAUACACAUUUUUUAGCGUUACACGUAGGCAUUCGGAUUUUAUGCACACCUUCAUUAUGCAUAGCAAAGAAUGCAUAUGCUAAAAAGCUCUUAAAAUAUUUUAUAAAUAAUUAUGGUGACCUUUAUGGUCAUGAGCACAUUACUUACAAUGUCCAUAAUUUAGUUCAUCUUCCAGAUGAUGUGCUUUGCCACGGACCCUUGGACAGCUUUAGCUGUUUUAAAUACGAAAACUAUAUGCAUUGUAUAAAGUUAAAAAUUAAAACUUGUCAGAAACCCUUACAACAAAUUGUAAAUAGAAUUAAUGAAGAACGCGAGUUCUUAAGUCAUGAAAACCUUGAUGAAAAACCAUUCAAAUUAAAGAUAACAAAUGGUUUUAUUACUAUUAACAACAUUACGCAUACCUCAUUUAAGAAGAUAAUUUAUAAAGAUUACCUCUUUGAGGCGUCAGAAAGAAAUGGAUUUGUCUUGCUUAAAAAUAAGAGAUUUGCUUUGAUUACGGGUAUCUUCGAAAAUAAUAAAAGCAAAAAUUUUUUCUUCAAUUGCGUUAUAUAUCAGUCUUACAAUAAUCUAUAUGAAACUCCUUGCAGUUCCAAAAUAUUUGAUAUAUAUAUGGUUAAGAGAACCGAUGUCAAAGAAAUCAUUCCAUUUGAGCAGGUAAACUUUUACGUAAUUAAAUUUCUGUUAGACAACGCUAUUGCGAUUGUUCCAAAGGACUGGAUUAUUAAAAAUAAUAACCAAAUAAAAUGUUACUGGCCUCGACUCUAUAGUCAACAAUUAGUUUCAAAAGGUCAGCCCCCACAAAAAAACUGGUCUGUGUAUGAAACUAAAAUUUUAAGUCAUUGUGAAACUUACCAAGAAGCAGUGGAAGAAGAAUCUACUCAACUUAAGGCCGAAUCCACGGAUAAUGAUGACGCACGAUCGGUUGGCCAAGGGAUAAACGUCAACCAAAGAAGAAGACGCACAAAGAAUAAGAAAUAUAUGGACUAUCAAAUAGAAACUCCACCUCGUUUUUCUGACGAAGAUUCCGAUGAUGAUAAUACACUUUCAAUUGUCGAAUCUAACAAUAACAACCCAGAAAGCACAAGUUCGACUAAUUCCAAUGAUCAAACUGGGUUUAACAGCACGGUUUCAAAUAACCUAAUAGAAACAUUUCCAGAUCCUUUGGACAAUUUCCAAAAUACUUCUGCAGAUGAUCAAUUAAUUACCUCGGAGACACCAGUUAUUGUGGAAGCGCUAGUUGAUAAUUUUCAAGGCAAGGUUAUUGAGUACCUUAUUGAUAUUCAAGCACGUCAGAAGGUUAUAUUGGACAGAUUAAAUCGACUAGAAAUGAACCAGGUGAAUAGACUUGAAACAACUAUUGAUGACUUUAGCAAGUUACCUGUAUUACCCUGCAGAAGCCUUCAAAAUAUUGAGGACCUUGACCAGCUAAUAAUGGAUCCAAAUGUUUUCAAGCAACUUAAAGUUAAGCUAUCUCUGAUUGGCGGAUAUAAUAAGAGAAACUGUAUUAAACGCUGUUUGGCUCUGGUCUGGACAAACAAAUUAUCCCAAUGUUGCAGCUGGACAGGAAAAAACAAUAAUUAUAAGGUCAAAGAGUUAAAAAUCAUGGAAUGUCUUAAAGCCGCGGCAAAAGUCCGUUUUCCCGACAUGACUGACCGGGAAUUCGAGGAAACCGUAAUGGAAUGGUUUAGGCAUGGAAAACAAAGACAUUUAAGAGAUAAUGUCGCAGUUGCCGCUUUAAAAGAAUAAAAAUCCAACUGUAAAAAAUGAGAAAAACGUUUUAUUUUUAGUAUUUUUUUUCUUUAAACUACCGGUUUAGUCAAAGUCUGGUCCUUUUUUAAAUCCUUAAUAAAAUACGCUUAAGUUAUUAGUAUAGUAUUAUUUUUUUUUGUUACA